GGCGUUUCGCUCUGGUGUAACAAACAGAGGAGACGGAGCCGCACGCCGCAUACGAUCCCCACGCACACACACGCACACGCGCGCGCGCGCGCUGACGUCUGCCGAACAAAACAACGCUCUUAUCAAAUCCAAACUUCCUUUUCGGUCCUCAAAGGAAAAAAAACCCACGGACGCGAAUAUUUGUGUUGUUGUUGUUGUUGCACAGCUGAAGCGCAGCGGCGUGUCGGUGCUGUUUGUUCCCUGCAGCCCGGUGGGCUUUAGAGGUGCGCGAGGAAGUCAUCAUGUGAAAAACACACAGAAAACAGAAGAACACUUGAUUUACCGAGCGGACAAAAAACACACGGCUGGAGCGAGGAAGCGAAAGUGUGAAGGGUGUGUGCGGUAUGUCCGUGGAUGAGCAGCCGGAGGGCCCGAUGUACGUGUAUGAGUCGACGGUGCACUGCUCCAACCUCCUGCUGGGUCUGAACGAGCAGCGUGAGCGCGGUCUGCUCUGCGAUGUCACAGUGCAGGUGGAGGGCAAGCAGUUCCGCGCCCACCGCGCCGUGCUGGCGGCCUGCAGCGGAUACUUCCUGCAGGGUCUGGUGGCACACGGUGACAACGAGCUCAUCUUCACCAUGCCCGAUGAGGUCACUGCCAGGGGCUUUGCUCCAUUGUUGCAGUUUGCCUACACAGCCAAGUUGCUGCUCAGCCGUGACAACAUCCAGGAAGUGAUACGCUGUGCAGACUUCCUUCGCAUGCACAACCUAGAGGAUUCCUGCUUCCGUUUCCUGGAGGCACAGCUGCGGAGUGAGGAAGAUGGGGCCUUGAUCUGUCAAAAGGUGGCGCCGGAGAGCAACCAUUCAGAAGAUGAGAACAUGCAAGCUGAGGCAUCAGCUAUGACGACGAAUGCACCGGUCACUUGGGCUGCUUCUCCACGCUCCCGUCGCCAUCCCGAUGCCCUCAAUGCUCUGCGGCGGCCAGACCAUGAGCGGCUUGUAGCCAGCGCUGAUUUCCCAGAUGGUCAAGUGGACUCGGAACAGCAGGUCACCUCGGAUCUGCCACGGUGCCCCAAGUACAGGAAGUACCAGCGGGCUUGUAGUAAGCACAACAGCAACGAGAGCUCCUCACACACCAGUAGUACCUCAGGUUUCCCAAGCACAUUGCUCAGCGGGCCAGCUGUGACUCACAUCAAGCAGGAGCCGCAGGAGGGCGAGGAUGAACCCAUCACAUUGGGUCUGUCAGGCGAUGAGGAUGAUGGCAGGGACAAAGACAAUGACACUGCCGACAUGGAGUUGGAUGACAAUGGACUGCAUGGUCUCUUCAAGCCUGCCAACACUUCCCAGCAGCUUAACGACAGCAGAUUGGCCUGCAACCAGGUCAAAGCAAGCACUCAGGGAGAGCACAAAAAGGACUACAGGCCUUCACAGGUGCCUGUGGCCUUCCCCAAAGAUGCUGACAGCUUUUCCACAGGACUGUCUCUGAGGCCAGAAUCCUGUGAAGGUGUGUGUAAGCAGGAAACAGAGUUAGACCGGCGCAGCGUCAUCUUUUCUUCAGGAGCCUGUGAGCAGCUGCCCACACCUGCCCAUUCCUACCCAGGCAGCAACUCCCAUGACAAGGAGUUGGUCGACCACCUGCCUAAAGGACAGUGGGUUGGAGGAAGCCAGUCGCUGCCAAGCUCGCAGAGUUUUUCCUCCGGUGCUGCUUCUGUCGAAGUGCCGACGCUUCUGUGCCGCCAAAGGCCCAACACCAGCUGCCCUGUGCCCAUUAAGGUGUGCCCGCGUUCUCCACCCUCUGAGACGCGCACCCGCACCUCCAGCUCCUGCUCAUCAUAUUCCUAUGCCGAGGACGGCAGUGGUGGCUCUCCCUGCAGUCUGCCACAGUUUGAGUUCUCCUCAUCACCCUGCUCCAACAUGGCUCGUUGCAUGCCAACGGACCCACAGGACCUGGGCACAGGUACCGAUGUACUGUUUGGCCCAGCAAGGCCAAAAAUCAAGUGCGAGCAGGCUUAUGGAACCAACUCAAGCGACGAGUCUGGAUCCUUCUCUGAAGGAGACAGUGAGUCCUGCCAUGUUCAGGAGCAAGGACCAGAAAUCAAGCUACCUUUCCCCGUAGAUCAAAUCACAAAUCUUCCACGCAACGAUUUCCAGAUGUUGGUGAAGAUGCACAAGCUGACGUCAGAGCAGCUGGAGUUUAUCCACGACGUGCGCCGACGGAGUAAAAAUCGCAUCGCAGCCCAACGCUGUCGGAAGAGGAAACUCGACUGCAUCCUCAACCUGGAGUGCGAGAUACGCAAACUAGUAUGUGAGAAGGAGAAGCUGCUGACUGAGAGGAAUCAGUUGAAGGCGUGUAUGGGUGAGCUGUGGGAGAAUUUCUCAUGCCUGUCUCAGGAGGUGUGUCGAGACGUCCCACUGAGCCCCGAGCAAGUCCAGUCUCUCCAUCACUACUGCCCCGUCCUACGGCCCACCUCUGACUCCACCUCACCCGCCCACGCACCUACGGCGCCCGCCAGCAUCGACCUCACCACCCGGUCCGGAGCCGCUACACCAGAACCCGAAUUCGUCAAAACGUUGGCUGCAAACGACAGGCACCAGGCACCAGCUUCAGCCCGGUGUCACGUAGGGAACGGCGAGGGGGAGGAGACGACGUCUGGCUCAGCUUACCUCGAGGCGGGCCGGUCCUUGGAACAGUCCAGUCAGACGGUGACUGUAGACUUCUGUCAGGAGAUGACCGAUAAAUGUACCACUGACGAACAGCCGAGAAAGGACUGUACCUAAUG